AUGAACAACGUCAGCAACCGGCUGACAGCACGACAUGAUAUCCAAGGGCCUUCAUUAACCGGCAAACUUUCAUACAGACGCUCGUCAAGGCUGUGGACAUUUCAAAUCCUGACUUUAUGGCAUCUAUUCGACUGUCCGUCGGGAGAUGGCAAGACUGGACAUUGGUUCCGAGCGAGAUAUCUAGAAGAGAAAUCCCUCUCUGCAAAUUACUGCUGUGUCUUUGGUAUCUCACACCACAUCCCAGGCAUCAGCAAGUGUACUUUCCAUCAUACACUGAAUGAAAAAUUCUCCUUUCUCAUUGCCAAUGGCCCCGAUGACCGCACCUACUUCUUCCUGUUUGAGCAUUUGGGCAAGAUAUUCCACGGGUCAGAAACCUCUCGAUUCACGGAAAAGGAGCUCCACGAAAUAGUCAACCGGCAUCUGGAUGACCCCAUUACCCCAGACUUCAAGUUCUGUGAUAUCUACUCCCGCAGGAUCAGGGCCGUUAUGACUCCCCUGGAAGAGAAUGCGUGUCGGAAGUGGUAUUUGAACGCAUUUUAG